AUGGCUGAUCGUGACAACAAGCUCGCUUCGGAAAUCGCGGUUGAACCGUCUGAUCACAGCACGAGAGAGGUAUUAGUUGCAGACGGCGGAAGCGGCUCGCAGGACAACGAGGAGCAGCGCGACCAAGAUGGCGAUCAGAGGCUUAUCAAAGGAGGGGUUGUUAUCCGUGACGGUAACGACGUUGCCAAGUAUGUUGUUAGUCUCCAAGAUGACGGUGAUCCUACUCUCACUUUGAGGUCUUUCAUUAUCGGAACUGGAUUGACGGCGCUUGCGGCUUGUAUUAACCAGAUUUACUUUUACAAGCCAGUUGACGUUUCUUUUGCCUCAGUUUUCCUCUGCCUCAUGGCAUACGUUAUUGGUGUCACAUGGUCUGUUGUCCUUCCUCGACGCCAUCAUGUUGAGAAGUAUCUUCCCUCCCAGGCCAAGUGGCUUGGGCCGAUUAUACAUUUCAUCAACCCGGGCCACUUCGGUCUCAAGGAACACGCCAUAUCCUCCAUUUUAUCCACAUCCAGUGGAAAUGGUGCCGCGAUUGUACAGGUUUUUGGCGCCAAGCGACUUUUUUAUGACCGUGAGACAGACGCUGCUACAGCUAUCUUGACUGUCUGCUCAGCAUCCAUCUUUGGCUAUGGACUGGUCGGGAUUUUACGAUCCGUCAUCAUCCACCCUAGCGAAAUGGUUUGGUGGCAGUGUUUGCCAAUGAUCUCAAUCUACCAGACAUUCCAUCGUGAGCAAAAGGGCAAAAACCAGCCGCGCCUUAAAAUGUUCGGCAUCACGGCCAUUACCAUGUUCAUAUGGGAACCUAUCGCCUCGUACAUCUGGCCUUGGCUUAACGGUAUCUCGAUCCCUUGCCUGGCGUCGAUGAAGGCCUCUCCCCCAACCCGAGGGAUUCUCAUGACCAUUUUUGGAGGCAUCUCUUCGAAUGAAGGCCAGGGACUCUUCAGCUUCUCGCUUGAUUGGCAGUACAUCACCUCACGCUACAUGUCACUUCCUCUUCUACAACAGGCAAACUCGUGGGUCGGUAUUGUUUUGUCUUAUAUCAUGUGCUUUGCACUCUACUACGGCGGUGCAUGGGAUGCCAAGAAGUAUCCGUUCAUGUCGACGGCUAUGUUUGACGCCAAGACGGGUGGUGUAUACAACCAAACUGCCGUCUUUGGUCAGACUGCUAUUUUGAACACUGACGCGCUGAAAGAGCACGGCCUACCACGACUUACAGCUACAAACGUAUGGGCUAACAUGGCUGCCAUGGCUGCGAUCGGUGCUCUGAUUACCCACAUAUCGUUGUUCCAUGGUUCAUUAAUAAAAAGAUCACUCAAGCAAGCCUGGAAGAACACGCAGCCAGACCCGCACUAUCAAGCCAUGGAAAAGAACUACAAACAAGUACCUCUAUGGUGGUACAUAGUCGUCUUGCUGGUUGGUUUUUUCUUAGGCCUCGGUGCAGUCGCUCAAGGUCAGACAACCCUGGACCUGUGGGCCUAUGUGGUCGCCAUUCUCCUAGGAUGCAUUGUCGCACCCUUUUCUCUCUGUCUAUACGGUCUCCUUGGCACCAGCGUUUCAACGAACAACUUGUCUAAAAUGCUGAGCGGCGUACUCCAGCCCGGAAAGCCUAUUGCGAAUUUGUACUUUUCCAUGUUCAGUCAUGAGGUCACGGUUCUCUCAGUCUUUUUGUCAACAGAUUUGAAAAUGGCUCAAUACCUCAAGAUUCCUUGGAGAACCAUGUUUCUCUUACAAACAUGGGGUAGCCUCUUCGGUACCGCACUUAACUACGUUAUAAUGGAUACUAUCACCCGAAACCGUCGUGACAUCCUAUUGGAUCCCAUUGGCAACCAGGUGUGGAGUGGCCAGAAGAUCCAGUCGCUGAACACUACAGCUGUAACAUGGUCUCUUGCCAAAUACAUCUACGGCUUCGGUCCUGAUGGAUAUGGAUGGAUCCCAUUAUCCUUGCUCAUCGGCGCUGCAAUUCCUGUCCUGGUUUGGUUCGUCUCCCGUAGAUACAAGACUGUUGGAGGUUGGGAAGUCCAUAAGCUUAUAGCGCCUGUCAUCUUCCAUAACGCCUCCACAACCACGGCUGGAACAACCUCAGUUCUCUGGUCACAGAUCGCUACUGGCCUAUGGUCGCAGUGGUACAUGCGUUUGCGCAAUCCUACAUGGUUUGGAAAAUACAACUAUAUUGUUGGUGGCGGACUUGAUGCAGGGGCCAAGAUUGCCAUGUUCAUUCUCACCUUUGCCGUGGCCGGCGGCUCUGGGAAUGAGGUCCCAUUUCCUACAUGGUGGGGAAACCCCAAGUCCAGCAGGGAGCAGUAUGCCGACUACUGCGGUACCGGGAUACCAGUUACAAAGUAG